AUGGCCAGCGAUAGCCGGACCGGCGCGGACACGGCGAGCAGCGCCGCCCCGAGCACCUUCCAGUGGCCGCGCGAGUACUCGUUCCCGCCCUUCUUCACCAUCCAGCCCAACAAGACGACCCGCCACACCCAGUUCGUCAAGUGGUCCGCCCUCGUCCAGUCCUACUGCGCCCACCACCGCAUCUUCAAGCUGCGCGUCUCGGCCGCCGCCCCGGCCUCCCUGCCCGGCCUCCCCAAUCCCACGGGGGCCGGCGGCACGUCCGAAGCUGCCACCACCGUGGCCGCCGCCGCCGCCAACGCCGACGGUGGCGCCGGUGAUAACAUCGCCGAGCCGGCCGUCGAGCUGUUUGCCAACCGGCGCGUGAAGCGGCGGCUGUUCCCCGACGACGCGCGCGAGGUCGUCGACUACAUGCACCGCCACGGCGCGGCCGAGUGGAUCGACGAGACGGGCGGCGGGCAGAAGGACCUGGCGUGGAUCUGGUGGCACACGCCGGAGCAGUGGGCUGCGAUGAUCGAGGACUGGGUGGACGACACGGCACAGAAGGGCGCCGUCUUGACGCUCUAUGAGAUUGCGGAGGGCGAGGGGACGAGAGGCACCGAACUACAUGACCUUGACCGAGACGUGUUGCACAGAGCGCUUAAGAUACUGGUGAACCGUGGGAAGGCGCAGAUCUUUGGCUCCGGGGACUCGCAGGGUGUUAAGUUCUUCUAA